AUGGCUUCUUUAUUGAGGCCGAUUAUCAUCGGUUUUAUUUUAUUUUUGACAAUUGUUAAUCAAAUUGAAACACGAACGGCACAAAAUGAUGAUGAUGAUGAUUCGGAUGUCAGAGUAAAAAGACAAAUUAAUAGAUUUAAUAGACUUCCAUCAAGACCAACUCGAUCGGAAAAUGAUGAAGAUACAUAUAUUCAAGGUUCAGAAUGUAAAGGUUGUGGACCACGACGUGAUUGUCAAUGUCCUGGCAAGGGUGCUAUGGGCAUCUCUGGUCCACCAGGCUUUCCAGGUGUUCCAGGUGACCGUGGCUUGAAAGGUCCUGCAGGACAACAAGGCGCUCAAGGUCUUUCUGGUGAAAAAGGUGAUCGUGGUCUUUAUGGUACCAAAGGCGAACGAGGUGAUGAUGGUUUAUUGCCCAUUGAUGGUCAAAAUGGUUUUCCUGGACAACCUGGUGCUAUGGGUCCACGCGGUAUUCCCGGUGUUCCAGGAUGCAAUGGUAGCAAGGGUCAACCUGGUGAUGAUGGAGACGUUAUUGUAAAUGGUAUGCCGGGUCCCCCCGGUACACCCGGUCGAAUGGGUGAACCAGGUGAACCAGGCGAAACAACAGGUCUUAAUGGUGUCAUACUUGGACCACGCGGGGAUCCAGGUUUUCCUGGUCCUCCAGGUGUUGCUGGAUGGCCCGGUCCAUCUGGUUCUCCCGGUACACCAGGUUCAGUGGGAUUUCCCGGACCAGAUGGUCCACCUGGUUUAAGAGGAGAUCCAGGAUUACCAGGAUCAAGUGGUCCUGCAAGUUAUGGUAUCAAAGGUGGACGUGGUGAGCCAGGUGAUAAUGCUCCUACACCAGUGGAUCCAGUUCCAUAUGGUCAAAUGCGAGGUAUUACAAAUGUGGAAGGACCACCAGGUCCACGUGGACCAGAUGGUGAUCGUGGUUAUAAAGGAGAACGUGGUCAGCAAGGCUAUUAUGGUAUCAAUGGUUUACAAGGAUCUAAAGGAGAAAAAGGUGAAUAUGGUUCAUCUGGUCCACAAGGUAAAUUUGGUAAAGAAGGUCCACAAGGCUCAUUUGGUGUCAAAGGAAUGACAGGACCACCGGGUCCAUCUGGAGCUGAUGGUCUUCCUGGCGAACCUGGCAGAAAUGGAUAUCCUGGUCCCAAAGGUCAACGUGGUGACGUUGGUGAGCAAGGUCCAAAUACUUAUGGUGCUAAACGAGCUCGACCACUUCCUGGGCCACAAGGUUAUCCGGGAAUGACAGGUGAUUCUGGACCAACUGGAUUAGCAGGAGUUCCUGGUUUACCUGGUCUUGAUGGUAUGAAAGGUGAAAGAGGUGAUUAUGGUUCGCCUGGCCGACCUGGUCCUAUGGGAGAAACAGCUGAUGCAGAAAAGGGUGAUCGCGGUGUUGAUGGUCUACCUGGUCCUUCUGGACUACCCGGUGCUGCUGGUACGCCCGGUGAAAAGGGUACUAUUGGUGAAAAAGGCUUACCUGGUGAAGACACAUACGGACCACGUGGAGUUAAUGGUCUUCCGGGUCGUACUGGAUAUCCCGGUUUGAUUGGAACAUCAGGUGAUAUCGGUGAACAAGGUCCACCAGGUCCUCCUGCUGAACCAGGUUUUAAAGGAUAUCAAGGAUAUGGUCCAUCUGGUCCACAAGGAUAUCCCGGUCGACCAGGUCAACCCGGUACACCUGGCUAUCCUGGUGUUCCUGGACACAAAGGUGAUCUUGGUGAACCUGGUGGUUGUGGAUUUUGUCCACCUGCUGUUGCUGGUCUUCAAGGUGAUCGUGGUAGCCAAGGUUAUCGUGGACGACCAGGUUUAAAUGGUGCACCCGGUUUUCGAGGUGAAAAAGGUGAUACUGGACCGAUUGGACAACCUGGAUCUAAUGGUUUACAUGGACCGGAUGGAAUUCCGGGUCGAAAUGGUUAUUCAGGUAUUCCAGGGCGUAAAGGUGAACCUGGUGAAAUGAUCGGUGCUGAUGGUAUUAAAGGCCGUCGAGGAGCAAAUGGUGAACCUGGAGUUAAAGGUUAUCAUGGUGACGUUGGUGAAACUGGUGUCAAUGGACGUGAUGGUUAUGACGGUGCUCCUGGUGCCUCUGGGCCACGAGGUGCUUGGGGUGAUAUUGGACGAGCAGGAACUCAGGGUAUUUCAGGACCGAAAGGCCCACGAGGUCCAUCUGGACCACCAGGACAAUUAUUUGCAAGUGGACCACGUGGUGACGGAGGUGACCAAGGUCCACCAGGCAAAACUGGUCGACCUGGCCUUCCUGGUAUACCUGGUGAUGAUGCACCACCACCACGGAUAACAGCUGGUUCACGCGGUAUUAAAGGCCUUCCUGGAGAUGAUGGUUAUUCUGGUAUGCCUGGUGCUCCUGGUUUACCUGGACGAGAUGGUUCUCCUGGUGCUAGUGGUAUGCCUGGUCCAAAGGGUGAAGAUGGUCGACCUGGUCUUCCCGGAUUACCAGGCGAACAUGGUGUUAAAGGUUAUCCUGGUCUCGAUGGACGACCUGGUCUUGAUGGACGACCUGGUGCUCCUGGAAUAAGUGGAUUAUCUGGUGCACCUGGCUUACCUGGCGCUAAAGGUCAACGAGGUGAACCUGCUAUUGCAACAAUUGCUGGACCACAAGGUUUUCCAGGUCCAAAGGGUGUUACUGGUGAACGUGGUUUACCUGGUUUAUUAGGAUCACGUGGUUUACCUGGUGGACGUGGUUUACCUGGCAUGCCAGGUGUAAAUGGUCUUCCGGGACAACCUGGUCUACAAGGACCUAAAGGAGAAAGAGGUGGUACAGCACCCGGUUUAUACGGUGACGUUGGUCUCCCUGGUGCUCGUGGUCGAGCUGGAUCUCCUGGAAGAGCUGGAGCUCCAGGUAAUCAUGGUCCAUCUGGUCUUCGUGGUUUACCUGGUGAUAUGGGUUUUCCUGGUUCAGAUGGUUCACCAGGUUUUCCAGGUCAACCAGGCCCACGUGGUGACAAUGGAGGCCCUGGAUAUCCUGGUUUGAUUGGAAUGAAAGGUGAGUUUUUACUUUUAUUUUUUCUGUUUAUACUAUUUAAUUCAUUGGUUUUCUUUUCUUUUAAAGGCCGCCCUGGUAUUCCUGGUGAACGUGGAUUACCCGGCGGUCCUGGCCCCAAUGGUUUUCCAGGUUUACCAGGUCCUAAAGGAUAUCACGGUGAUGUUGGAGAACCAGGUAUUGGUGGUGGUCAAAGUGCACCCGGUCGAAAAGGAGAAAUAGAACCUGGUGAAUCAGGUAUGCCGGGUCUCAAAGGUCUUCCAGGCGACUCUGGUGCAACUGGUUUCCAUGGACCUCGAGGUGAAGCUGGGCCUCCUGGUUUUGCUGGUGCUCCUGGUUUACCUGGUCGUGAUGGACGCCCCGGUUUGCCAGGUUUCAAAGGUGAAAUGGGUGAUUGGUACAAAGGCGUUACUGGUAUACGAGGUGAACCUGGUUUCCCUGGUCUUCCUGGCCUUCCAGGUGCCCCAGGUUUACGAGGAAUUCCUGGUUCAUCUGGUUCUAGUGGACCACGAGGACAACCAGGUCUUGUUGGAUUUCCAGCAGGUGCCCCUGGACUAUCUGGACCGAAAGGAAAGGCAGGAGAAAGUGGCUAUCCGGGAGUUGCUGGACUACCUGGCGAUCGCGGUUUGCCUGGCCGUUCUGGUCCACCUGGUCUUCCUGGUUUUAGAGGAAUGGCUGGAGAACCAGGUCGACCUGGACAAGCUCUUGAAAUGGGAAGAAAAGGAGAACAAGGUGAUGCUGGUACACCUGGAAUACCAGGACUUGCUGGAGCAGUUGGUGAAGCUGGUCUUCCGGGUGCUCCAGGCCUUCCCGGUGCACAGGGAUCAGCAGGUCGUGAUGGAUACCCCGGCGCACGAGGAGAAAGAGGCUUACCUGGUAUUCCAGGCAAAACAGGACGACAGGGUCCACCUGGAUAUCCAGGAACUAAAGGAAAUGCUGGAUUAUCGGGACGUCCUGGUAUGAAAGGUGCACACGGUGAAAAUGGUGGUCGUUCAUUACCUGGUCUUCGUGGUGAUUCAGGACGUGACGGUAUUUCUGGUCGACCUGGUCUUAAAGGACCGUCAGGUGAUGUUGGUCGACCGGGUCCACCAGGUCGUGAUGGAUCAAUUGGUGGACGAGGUCAACCAGGAGAUCGUGGUCAAGAUGGUUUACCUGGUCGAGCAGGUUCACCAGGAUUUCCUGGAAGAGAUGGUAAACCAGGCUUAGUUGGUCCACCCGGUUUACCGGGUUCUCUCAGCGCAAGUGGUCUUCCUGGUAUUCCAGGUGCUCCAGGUCCAAAAGGAUUACCGGGUCAACCAGGACCGAUUGGAAAUCCAGGUCUUCCUGGCAGACGAGGCGAACCAGGCACAAAUGGAGCUCCUGGAUAUUCGGGUGCUAAAGGAGCAAUGGGUGAUGCCGGUUUACCAGGUGCUGAUGGACGUCCAGGUUUACCAGGUCCAAAAGGAGAAACAUUUUAUGCACCGGUUGAUAUAAAACCAGGUCCUAAAGGCCAACGCGGUGAUCAAGGAUUACCUGGUGCUCCUGGACUACCAGGUCCAAUAGGUCUUCCGGGACCAAAAGGCUUUUCAGGUCAAGUUGGUCUUCCGGGACGUCCAGGCAGUCCAGGUUCGUUAGGUGCUCGUGGUCCAGUUGGUGAUAGUGGUUAUCCUGGACCAGCUGGUUUACAUGGUCCACCCGGUCCUCCAGGGGCUGUUGGACUUCCAGGUUAUCCAGGUGAAGCUGGCGACGGCUCAUUCAUCUUUGCACGACAUAGCCAAGAUACUACAACUCCACAAUGCCCACAUGGAACAAAUAGAUUACAAGAUGGUGGUUAUUCAUUUAUGGGUAUUCAAGGUGAUACAUAUGCAGCCCAUCAAGAUCUUGGUUCUUCGGGUAGUUGUUUACGUCGUUUUAGUGCAAUGCCAUUUUUAUUUUGUGAUAUUGGUAAUUCAUGUCAUUAUGCUUCACGUAAUGAUUAUUCAUAUUGGUUAUCAACAAAUGAACCAAUGUCAGCAAGUAUGUCACCAUUUGAAACGCGUGAUAUACCAAGUCAUUUAAGUCGUUGUGUUGUUUGUGAAUCAUCAUCGCCUGUAUUUGCAAUUCAUAGUCAAUCACAACGUGUACCAACAUGUCCCGAUGGAUAUGAUCUCUUAUGGACUGGUUAUAGUUUUGUAUUUACAUCAGCUGAUGGUGGUCGUGGUGAUCAACAAAGUUUACAAUCACCUGGUUCAUGUCUUGAAAAAUAUCAUGAUCGACCAUAUUUUCAUUGCAAAGAUCAUUCACAUUGCAAUUAUUAUCCAAACAUGAUGACAUUUUAUUUAGCUACAUUAGAUGAUUAUACUGGCUUUGAAAAACCAAAAGUACGUACAUUAAAAGCUGGUACACAACGACAAUAUGUUAGUCGAUGUGCUGUAUGUCAUGCAAAUUUAUUUAAACAAACAACCAGUGGACCAUCAGCAUUUUUUGCCCAAGUAAAGAAACUUUAA